AUGACUUCAUUAACAACAACAAAUGCUACAAUUAAUAUAACUCCUUCUGUUAUUCGUAUAAAUACGGAAAAAGAGUGUCCAGUGAGAAACGUUACCGUUUACAAUGAUUGUGCUGAAACAACUCGUUUAUUAAACAAAACAUUUGAACAAGAUGGUGCAUAUGAACUUAUUCUUGGCGGUCUCUCGCCAAAUGUUGAUCAAAAUUCUAUUCAUGUAGCAGGUGGAAAAGGAAAAGCUACAAUUCUUGAAGUAUCCUAUCAUACACGAUAUGAAAAAAAAAUUGUAGAUGAGAACGAUUUAUCAAAACAAGAUUUAUUACACCAAAAAAUAGACGAAAUAGAUGAACAAAUUGAGCAACAUAAUGAAGAAUUACAACGAAUUGAUGAAGGAAGAAAAUGGUUAAAUGCCAGAGUUGAAAAACUAACAGGCAUGAAUAGCAGAGAGGAAAAAGGAAGUGGUGAGAUAAAUCCAUUGUCAAGCGAAAGUUUAAUGGAUAUUGAACGUUUUCUUGAUUUUCAACGUAAAAUGUUAAAAAAUAAUGAUGAAAGAAAAUCAAAAGAACAAAAGGAGCUAAAAACGUUGAGAGUAAAACGAAAUUCUUUAGCUAGAGAACUGGAAUCGUAUACGACAGGAGAUGAGAACACAACUCAAAUUGUUCAUCGUGAAGUCACUAUUUCUCUGUACGUAACUGCUAAAUGUGAUGUUGUCCUUGAAAUAUCUUACAUUAUUCUCAAUUGUUCAUGGAAGGCGAGUUACGAUGUUCGAGUUAGUAGUGAAAGUGCAGGAAAAACUCAACUGACCUAUUAUGGUAUUAUCACAAAUCAGAGUAAUGAGAAUUGGAUAGACGCAUUAUUUUCAUUAAGUACAGCUACUCCUUCACUAGGUGGUAGUCCUCCAAAGUUAGGAACAAUGAAAGUUAAUUACAAUACGUACGAUAAUUUCGAUGAAAGGUAUAAACAAACCCGUCAUAGUAAGAGUUUUCGUUCGAUAAACCGUUCGGUAAACCAAAGUUUGAUGCUAUCCACGUCUAUUGACGUUCACAGUUAUGAUCCAACAAUUGAGGAUUCAUAUGGAGAAUUGCCAUUGAAUGUUCUGAUUAGUCGGACUGAAACUAGUUUGAGUAGUUCAACAUUUGUUAUUCCUCGUAAAGCUACAAUUGAAGCAGAUGGAAAACCACAUAAAGUGACUAUCGGUGUGUUAGAUCUUGAAUCUAAAUUCACUUAUACAGCUAUUCCAAAACUCUCACCAUAUGCCUAUUUGAAAGCAACCACGUUAAAUACAUCGGAUAAACAAUUGUUAGUCGGUCCAAUCAACGUUUUUAUGGAUCAUAAUUUUAUUACACACAGUGUCAUUGAUAACGUGAGUCCCCAAGAAAAAUUUGAUCUAUUUUUGGGUACAGACAAUGGUGUUAAAAUCAAUUAUAAACCUGUACGAAAAAUAAAUGAAACACAAGGUUACAUAUCGAAAGUCAAUCACGAAAAUGUACGUCAUGAAACAAUAAUUAAAAAUACAAAACUCGUUGAAAUAACCGUCUAUGUGUAUGAUCAAUUACCAUUGUCGAGUGACGAAAAGAUAAAAGUUAAACUCAUCACCCCUCAAAUAAAGCAACAAGGCGAAAUGUCGUCUCAUGACAAUAAACAUAACUACAUAACAAAACUAACAGACGAUAACAAUCUUGAAUGGAUAGCAACAAUUUUGGCAAAAGAGGAAGUAAAAUUAACAUUCGAGUAUGUAGUUGAAUGGCCAAAAGGCAAACGACUAGAAUAUCAACAAGUAUAA